AUGGUUUCUUUUUCCCAAAUUUCCAAAUUAACUCUGAAAAAGUUAAAUAAAAAAACCGCUCUUUACGUUUGGAUUAUCAACAUUAAUAAAAAAGGAGAUUCGUUGUGGUUCAUUACUGGUCAAGACAGUAGUAGUUGUAUUCAAAUUGUAGUUAAAAAUAAGGAACUAAUUUCGCACCUAAAACAAAUAAAUAAAGGGGAUUUGCUAAAAAUAUGGGGUAUUAUCAAAAUAAAAAAACCAGAAAAAGACUCAAAAAAAGCAGAAACGCCAGAAAUUGAAUUAACUAAGUUUCAAUUAAUAAAUAGUAGUAAAGAGUUGCCUUUUGAAAUUAAAGACAAAAUUGAAAUCGGUAUUAAUGAGGACACUCGCUAUCGUUAUCGCUAUUUAGAUUUACGUCGUCCCCGCAGAUUUAUUGACGUCGAAACCCCAAUUUUAGCCCAAAAUUCGCCGGAGGGAGCCAACUGCUUCGUAGUUCCUUCUAAUUUGAAAAAUCGUUAUUACACUUUACCCCAGUCUCCCCAAAUCUUUAAACAGUUGUUAAUGAUGGGAGGAUUAGGCAAAUAUUACCAAAUUGCUAAAUCUUUUCGCAAUGAAGGUGCUCGGAGCAACCGCCAAAUCGAAUUUUCCCAAUUAGAUUUAGAAAUGAGUUUUACCUCCGUCAGGGAAAUAAAAAGGCUAGUCGAAAAAUUACUCCAACGCACCUUAAAAAAAGUCUUUGGUUCCCAAAUCCAAAUCCCUUUUCUUUCCUUAACCUAUCAGGAAAUUAUGAAAAAAUACGGCACUGAUAAACCAGAUUUACGCUCUAACCCCAAGAAUGAAAAAGAUUUUCGACAUCCUUUUACUAUUCCGCAAAAAAAAUAUAUCAAGCCUUUACUAAAUAAUAAAAUAGAACCCGAAAAAGUAAUCUGUGAAGCAUUUGAUUUGGUAUGUAACGGUGAGGAAAUACUAAGUGGCAGUAUUCGUAUUUACCAGCGAGAAUUACAGGAAAAAAUUUUAGAAAUUUUAGGUUAUAGCCCCGAAGCAAGAGAAAAAAACUUCGGCUACUUUUUACAAGCCUUAGAGUUUGCUGCCCCUCCGCACGGCGGAAUUGGUUUAGGAAUCGACCGUUUACUGGCGGUAAUACUAAAUACCAAUAAUUUGAAAGAGUUAAUUGCUUUUCCUAAAAACAUUGACGGAAGUUGUUCUUUAACCAAAGCACCUAACUUGAUAAAAAAAAUUGCUAAAUAA